AUGAAAUUGCGAAUUAUAACUUUAUUUAUUAUGUCAUUUCUAUGUAACACCAACGCCGCACCACUAGAUGACACACUCUCGACAUUUCCCUCAGGGCACCUAGGGAUCAAGUUUCAUGACGUUAGAAGGAUCAUUGACAGAAUCCAUACUGGCAAUGGUUCCUUUGUAAAUGUUUUUCUCGAGCUGCUAUUAACAAUGCAGGGGAAAGGCAAUCACAACAGCCCAAUAGAUAUUAGGGAAACCAUGGUUGAUAUCUUUACCGAAGUGGAACAAAAUAUGGUUAUUGCUAAUUAUGGGUACAAUGACUCCAACGUGUUACUUCCGGUUGGAACGUUUAGCCUCUUGCAAGAAAGGGAAAUCUGGAUGACAAAUUUAACACAGAUAACUGAGUCUCUGGAACGCCGUCACUUCUUCUGGAACUUAAAGAGGCGACUACUUCAUAACCCAGUAAAACAACUAACUAAACAAUUUAUCUGGUCACAGCUAGGGUAUACCAGAUGGUUUCUUGAGGAAAUUCGAUAUGAUUUCUUCACGGACUCCAAGAGAGAAAUACUACUAGCGGAAGGAUACCGCUCAUUGUUGCAAGCAAAAGUAGUAAUCCACCAGUUUGGUCAAAUGUUACAAGACCUUGAUGAAUUGGGGUACAUGAGUUGUGUAGCUAAGGGGUUGAAGGAGUAUACGCAUUUUUGGGAGGGCCAAUUCCCAGAUGAGAUAGUACGUGAAAAAAGGGGGGAUUUAGUUAAAAGGCUUCUUUCAAAAAUGGAAUUCAACAGUGCUGCUGAAGCUUUAAAUUGUAAGGAUUUUCAGGACAUAAUAAUGCAUUUCUUCCUGUUGUGGCUCAGUCUUUUUUUCCUGGUUUCCAUGCUUCCUGGUGCUGGGAUGGCUGCAGCGAUUGGAUAUCCUACCCUUGUUAUACUACUUCACAUGAUCGUAUUAAGCCGAAUAUACUCUGAGAUUGAAGGUCAAGCCCAGACACUCCUCUAUUGA